GUGUUGAAAACAAGCGAAACGUCUCCAGCUGUGCAUUCCGACGUGAACGUUAGAAGGAAAAAGAUGUACAAGCUAGUUUUUCUGCUUGCUGUGGUGGGUUGCGGUCAGGCAUUUUUCUUUGGAGGCCCCGCCUGGGACGGACUUGCAGUUACAUGGGGCCCUAAUCCAUUUAAUGGGAACUACUUUGACCAGAUGCCACGAACCGAGAAGGAUGCUAAAAAGAAAGGAUGGACCAAGAUUUCUGGCUGUGAUGAGGUUUUGUCGGAAUCGUCUGGUGAUGGUAGCCCAGUCUUCCUUGGCAACCGUUACGUGAAGGGUAACGACCCAGCCGUCAUGUUGCUCUACGACAAGAAUGGUUACAUUGCUGGCAUACAACAAGGUAUCCCAAAGAGCGAGAACUAUCCCACUGCUGACGAGACAUAUGGGAAGGUCUUCCAAUUUGACCCUGAGAAGAACCUCAUGGUCCAGACAGCCUAUUUCGUGCCUCCACAGACGAUCUGCUCCGAGGGCCGCACCUCUGAGCAGUACGACAAGGAUGGGACGGGAAGCAACCUGUACCUGCAAGAGGGCCCAGACCCAGUUGCCGACUCAACCAUGAUUCCCAGGGAGGAGAAAGACAUUGGCGCCAAGUGGACAAAAGGGAAAUGUUUCUUUACAAUGGGGCAGCACUACUGGUAUGACACCAGCUUAGAGAUGAGUUGUGAUGACUUCUACCCAGCGUUCCUCCUCUACAACAAAGGGAAGCUGAACGGCUUCGGAUGGGCUCUCAAUCAUGAGCUCAAGUCAUUCAGAUAUGAACGUCCACCGAAUAAUGAGCUCGAUAAAUUCUUCCAAGUGGUGCCCAAGUGCCUUUACAAUACUGGCGCCCGAUCUACAAUGCACAUCUACAUGGAUAAUCAUCCUAUGGUCAACUUCUGUUAGCAUUUGGAUGAGAAAAAGAAAGAUAUGAUUCUCGUGGACCAAUUCUCCUGUUACAUCAAUAUUUUCUUGUACGCAUCUUCUAGUGAAUUAAAAUGCGAUCAACACCA